CCGAAAUGAUGUAAGAGAGAGGGAGAGAGUGGAGGAAGGCUUACCAUUAACACAGUAGCAAACUGUGUUCCUUUGGCAAUGGCUAGUAAUAUCGAGGAUAUUAAUCCUCCUCUGCAACAACAGCAACAUCAAACAAGGCCUCCACCACCACCCCCACCACCUCCACCGUCACCACCUUCUUCUUCUCCAUAUUCAACUACACCCCCUCAACAGCAACAACAAGGCAAUAAGAGGAGGAAAUCGGUCGAAUACCACUACUCAAAGUACAUCCAGAUACGAGCUCUCCUCAAGGGCCUUCGCCCUUCAUUUAUGGAGGUUUUACGUGCACGUGAUUUCCGCAACAGUAGAGGAGCCAAUGAAAUUCGAAAAGGGAUGAGAUUGAUGAUGGAGAUGUCAAAGCAACUGAGGUCGGAUACAAUCUUAACAGGGAAAGGAAGGAAAGGAGAGGCUUGUGAGGAAUACAUUGAGAGGUGUCAAGAGGAGCAACAUGUUGAGAGGAAUGAGAAAAUGCAGGAGGAACCCUCAACACCAGCCAUGAACACAGAUAAGAGCCAGCAAGAUGAUGAGCCCACGGGUUUGUAUGUUAUAGGUGGGUCUCCCAUUGGAUCAAAUUUUAUAAUGUACCCUGGGUCUGCACUUGUCUUCUAUGGCCCGAGAAAGUCACGAGCAUAAGUAUGGGUUUUUUAAUGA